AUGGAUUCUGAUAUUGCGCGUAAAACUUUUGAGUUUUCUAAUAAUAUAGUAACGGUAGAUCCGACCCAGGAUCUUAUUUACCGAUACGACACUGAAGAGCAAUCACAAGUAAAUCAGGAGAAACCGUGGACGAAAGAUGUUCAUUAUUUCACCAAAGUUAAAAUUUCCGCAGUUGCUCUUAUAAAAAUGGUUAUGCACGCCCGUUCUGGUGGAAGCAUUGAAGUAAUGGGCCUUAUGCAAGGAAAAAUCGAUGGUAACACUAUGAUUAUUAUGGAUGCGUUUGCUUUACCGGUUGAAGGGACCGAAACAAGAGUGAAUGCACAAGCAGAGGCAUAUGAAUAUAUGGUUCAAUAUUUGACAACUAUAAGACAAGUUGGAAGACUUGAAAACAUAGUAGGGUGGUAUCAUAGUCAUCCAGGUUAUGGAUGUUGGCUAUCCGGUAUUGAUGUAAACACACAAAUGACGAAUCAACAAUAUCAGGACCCUUUUGUCGCCGUUGUUAUUGACCCUAAUCGAACAGUGUCUGCGGGUAAAGUGGAAAUUGGCGCUUUUAGAACUUAUCCUGCUGGUUAUAAAACUCCAGAUGAUGGUCCCUCUGAAUACCAAACUAUUCCACUUAGUAAAAUUGAAGAUUUUGGUGUUCAUUGUAAACAAUAUUAUCAACUUGAAAUAUCACAUUUCAAGUCUACUCUCGAUACACAUUUGUUAGAAUUACUUUGGCAUAAGUAUUGGGUAAACACAUUAUCGCAGUCUUCCUUAAUUACGAAUCGCGAUUAUUCGGCUGAACAAAUUGCAGAUCUUGUAGAAAAACUAGAUCAGGCCGAAACACAAUUGCAGCAAAGUGGUAGAGUAUCCAGUUUUCCUGGUGGUAUGGGGGGAAGUCGUGGUAAUGUUGCCUCAUCACAAACUGUUGGAGGUUCGUCUGCAGGUGGUGCAACAGCAACAGCACCUCCACCUGAAAAGAAAAGAGUGGAAGAAAGUCCACUCAGUAAAGUUACAAAGGAUAGCACAAAAAUUACUGUUGAAGCAGCACAUGGUUUGAUUUCUCAAGUCCUUAAAAAUGUUCUGUUUAAUAAACCGCAACCUAUUGUUGAACAAAAUAAAACAGAAGUAGAGAUUCUUCCCGAUGCUUGA